AUGUCGCCGGAAAGAGCGAUUCGAAUUUGUAUUUUUGUUGAUUUACUCGCUAUUUUAUGGGGAAGUAUUUCUUUUGGCGUUGCUGGCAUUGCCGCGGCCGUUUAUCCAUCACCAAAUGUAACGUAUGAAUACAACUGCGGACAAUCUCCUCUUUAUGAAAUGUAUGGUCAACCUAUAAAUGAUUAUGCCAAUAGGCCAAUUAUAGGUUUUACAAUUAUUUUUCUAUGUAUUCUCUAUGCGUAUAUUUUCACAAUUGCAUCAAAAAAGGCGAAGGAAGCUGCUACUCGCCGUGGUGAGACAGUUAGCACCCGAGAAAUGAAGAUCACCAAGACGUCAGCAAUAGUGCUUCUGGGCUACACUCUGUGUAUUGCACCUAGUAUCCUAAAAGACACCGUCCAGGGCUACAUCGAUGCUGGCUCCACCUGGCUUGUUUGGUACCCAUGGUUCACUGAUUUCAUAUUGAUUUCAAAUUCGAUGAUAAAUCCAUUUAUUUAUGCAGGUAGAAGUAAAUUAGUAAGAAAAGACUUCUCAGAAACCAUAUACUUCAUAUUUGGCAAGAUGUGUCCCAGACUACUAAGACAAACAAAAGAAAGCAAAGCGCUCAGACCACAAUCAUCAAAACCUGAUAUUGGAUCAAGUUUUUCUGACACUGGAAUGUCACUUACAAAUAUUAGUAAAAGUUUUAGUAACAGUUUGAAUGAUUAG